GUGGCACCGAGGAGGAGCUGCGCGCGCCCCGGUUCUUCUCCGCCUGCUCCCGGUCUGCUCCCCGGCUGCUCCCCGGCUCCUCAGCAGCUGUUCCCGGACUGACUGACCGGCCGCCCUCCGCCCGCCGCUCGCCCGGGACUCUCCAGUAAAAUGGGCCUGACCAUCUCGUCCCUGUUCGCCCGGUUCUUCGGGAAGAAGCAGAUGAGGAUCCUGAUGGUUGGUUUAGACGCAGCUGGAAAAACUACGAUUCUGUACAAACUGAAGCUCGGAGAGAUCGUCACCACCAUCCCAACUAUCGGUUUUAACGUGGAGACGGUCGAGUAUAAGAACAUCUGUUUCACGGUCUGGGACGUCGGUGGUCAGGACAAGAUCCGACCUCUGUGGAGACACUACUUCCAGAACACACAGGGUCUGAUUUUCGUGGUGGACAGUAACGACAGAGAGCGAGUACCAGAGUCGGCAGAGGAACUCAACAAGAUGAUCCAGGAGGACGAGUUGAAGGACGCCGUUCUUCUGGUGUUUGCGAACAAACAGGAUCUUCCAAAUGCGAUGAGUGUCACUGAACUGACUGACAAACUGGGUCUGAACAACCUCCGCAGCCGAACCUGGCACAUUCAGGCGACCUGCGCCACGCAAGGGACGGGUCUGUACGAGGGUCUGGACUGGUUGUCCAAUGAGCUGUCAAAACGCUAAACCACCUAACGGGAAACAGGAAGUGACAUGUACAAACGGAGGACGAGCGUUUCACAGACUGUUUUUGUUUUUUAAAUUAUAAAUGUGUCGUCUGUAAGAGGAAGUGAUGUCAUGGACUCUGAGCUCACCUUCAUUUCCCAUCAUGCUCUACUCUUCUGUUCUUCCUGCAGAUGUUUGUUCGAUCUGUCUUUCUUUUAAUCCGCAUGUUUUAACUCAAUCAUGUGACUGAAUGGGAGGGGCGGGGCUAACGACAGGUGACAGUUACCUCUGUGGGCGGGGCUACCAGCAGGUGACGGUGACCUGUCGUGUGAUGACUCAUUCCACAGAGCCGACCCUGAACGCCUCAUCAUUCCUAAUUAAUGUGAAGAAGAAAUGGAGAUGAUGCAAUAAAGUUUUUUUUUUCUUCA